GUCUGAGCAUGGCUCCUGUCUGUCUCUUCUCUCUCAAACACUCAAGGUCUGGCUACCCCAAGAUUCUGGGCUGCCUCCUGGUCUGCAUGAGCCUCCUGGCCUUAUACCUGCGCACCCUGCAAGCCCCCCCACCAUCUCCCGAGGAAGCGGAGGCGGCAGAGGAUAAAAAGUGGGUGAAGAGGCAGCCCGCAGCGCAGCCAUCGCUGCAGUGGGAGUUCCUGCCUUCUGUGCCGGUGUGUGUGGCUAACGCAUCGGCAAACGCCACUGCCGGCUUCGCGGAGCUGCCACCGCGCAUCCAGGACUUUCUGCGCUACCGCCAUUGCCUCCACUUCCCGCAGCUGCACGAUGCGCCCGCCAAGUGCGCUGGCCACCGCAAGGUGGCGCUGCUGCUGGCCGUGAAGUCAGCGCCUGCGCACUACGAGCGGCGCGAGCUGAUCCGCCGCACUUGGGGACGCGAGCGCGGUGGAGCGAGGUCCGGGGGCGCACGUGUGCGCCGCCUCUUCCUGCUGGGCGCGCCGCCGCCUGAGGACGCCGAGCGCGCGGGGCAGCUGGAGGCGCUGGUGGCGCUGGAGGCGCGCGAGCACGGCGACAUGCUGCAGUGGGACUUCGCCGACACCUUCCUCAACUUGACGCUCAAGCACCUGCACUUGCUCGACUGGCUGGCGGAGCGCUGCCCGGGCGCGCGCUUCGUGCUCAGCUGCGACGACGACGUGUUCGUGCACACGUCCAACAUGCUGCACUUCCUGAACACGCAGUCGCCGGACCGCCACCUCUUCGCCGGGCAGCUCAUGCAGGGCUCCGUGCCCAUCCGCCACAGCGGCAGCAAGUACUUCGUGCCGCCGCAGCUCUUUGCCGGCCAGGCCUACCCAGUGUAUUGCAGCGGCGGCGGCUUCCUCAUGUCGCGCCAUACCGUGCACGCGCUGCGCGCCGCCGCCCGGAACGUGCCGCUCUUCCCCAUUGACGAUGCCUACAUGGGCAUGUGCCUGGAGCGCGCCGGCCUGCGGCCCAGCGGCCACAACGGCAUCCGGCCCUUCGGUGUGCAAGUGCCCGGCUCCCACAAGGCCUCCUUUGACCCCUGCAUCUUCCGAGAGCUGCUGUUGGUGCACCGCUUUGCGCCCUACGAGAUGCUGCUCAUGUGGGAGGCGCUGCACGACCCCAGGCUCAAGUGCGAACGGAAGCACCUUAUCUCCUAAGGUCGGCGCGCCACACUUGGGAGCAGGGUGGUGCGCAGAACCGAGCUGCCCAGUUCUCACAACUGCCUCCGUGCACCUGCCCGCCUCUCGCCUCUGAGCGCCUCCGCCUGUGCACCGUGCACCUGCACCCCGGCCCGAUCUCCAGAUCGUCUCCUUGUGCUGGUGUGGGACCUGAGACCCGUUGUACCCAGACAGUGCCUAGGGGUUUGACACUUGGGACUGCUAUCCACACAUUGUAGAACAUGUAGCAAGAGUAUUUGUCCUCUGUCCCCUGCACUGCCAGUGCCAGUCCCCUCCCCCGUCGAAAGACCCACAGUAUCUCCAGAUGUUGUCAGCCCCCUCCCUCCACUUCACAACCAUGAGCAAAUCCCCCUGGUGGAGAAGCACUGAUGUAAAAAGACAGCAAGAAAACAAGAAGGUUCUCAGAUACUAGCUGGAGCAGGACUGCUGGUGGACUGAGCUGGGGUUCUCAGCCCAAACUGUUGGGGGGAAAAUUAUAUAUAUAUAUAUAUAUAUAUAUAUAUAUAUAUAUAUAUAUAUAUAUAUAGUUGUUUUGGGUUUGUGUUUUGUUAUGUCCUGGUUUGAUUUUUACCUGUGGG